CAAUUGCAUGGGUUUAUCCACACUGCUGUAUAUACAUUGUAGUGAGGGAACGCUUAGUCUACUCUGGAAUACUGGAGCCACGAGGUGCCGUGUCAUUACUGACACUGGACAUUUUCACAGUCUUAUGUUCGGACAAGUGUCCGUAGCACCUGACGAAUAUUGACUCUUCUUGUUACGUACGAUACAGCAAACUACACGCAGGAGACGGAAACUAAAUGACUGAAUAUUUCUAAAGCAGGAAGUAAAUUUGCGUCGCGUCACGGCUGGGAGAUCGGGCUCUGAAACACCAUGCCGAAUUGGCGAGCAGUGGCAACUAGCUCGGUGGUCCUGGGGGUUGGGUGUGUCCUGUCAGGAUUCCUGACCACUACCUCGCAGCAAUGGGCUGCACACGCCAACACUACAGGACGGCCUCGGUCACGGCUGCACACGUUCGACCACUCCUUCUUCAUGCAAACAUUCCUAUUCCUAGGCCAACUGUCGUGCCUUGGACUUCACUCCAUCAUACGUAAAAUACGCGGUCCGCAACCUGCUGUAGAGGAGGACCAGGUGCCAGAUGGAAGAGUCGCGGCCCAGAGGCGGGCUAGAGCAAGAAAUAAGAUGGAAGAAAAUAGAAAGCAAAACCCUCAAGUUAGGAAUGAAAGGUCCAUAGAGGAGGAGCUCGUCGAAGCAGCAGUGGACGUGAGGGUGCGUGGGAGAGAAGACAAAACCGUAAAGGACGCUGCGGGGGAAGAUGUCCGUGGACAGGUUCAGGCAGCCGGGGAUGGAGUUAUCGGGGGUCCCGUGGUCGGCGUUCAGGUGGAGGAGACGGAGGAGGGCCUGAGACAGAGGCGCCAGAGGGAACAGAGAGAACAGAUGAUACGAGAAGCAGGCCCCAGGAGAGGACCCAGGCUGGCCAGAAAAAUUAAACCAAAGGACAAAAAGGAAUACAACAAGAUUAUAUUUCUGCCAUGUGCGCUCUGCGACUUUGCAAGAACAGGGUUACUGUUUAUUGGACUGCGUCAGACAUUCCCUAGUAGUUUCAUCAUGCUGCAGGGUGUUGGGUUGCUGGCAACAUGUACAUUGACCGUGGCGUUUGUUGGCCGCGAAAAGACCGUGCGUAAACUGCAGUGGGUUGGUGCCUCGAUAUGUGCUGUGGGACUGGCGGUGAUCGGCCUGAGGGACUAUGUGUGGGGGAAGGACAACACAUAUGACCCGUACGGGAUAGCUGCCGGGGACCUGCUGAUUGUCAUGGCACAGCUGAUGACGUCAAUUCAGGUGAUCCUUGAGCAGCGCUUUGUGAAGAAACACGAUAUAGAUCCACUUGUGGCUGUUGGACUUGAAGGUAUGCAGUGAAUAUAAGCAGGAUGUGAAACACAAGGU